AACAAUUUUCAAUUUCUCUCUCAUUUUUCUUUCUUUCUCUCUACCUCAGCUUGCCACGGAGACAUGGCAGGACUCACAGCCCCAUUAAGGGUCCACAAAUCAUUAGUGUCGACAUGCCCAAGAAAGGGAACCGAAAACGGCUGAAAUUUAAGGCCGGAGACGUUUGUUCGGAAUCAGUGACUGUUGCUGAUUAUGCUGAUGCCGAUCCAGCCGUCGUGAAGUCGGGGAGGUUGAAAAAAGCUAUUGCAAAUGCAGUUGAAAAAGAAGUAAAAUUACUAUGUGGCCUGGAAGCAUCUCAGGGUGCUGUUGAAGAGGUCUUGUCGUCUGCAGUGAGUGUCGGAGCAGACGCUUUAGACAGCAGUGACGACCUAGACCCAGAAGAAGAAGAUGAAGAAAAUGAAACUAAGGUGGCUCACAAGAAGAAAAACAAGAGACGAAAGGCCAGCAGUGAUGGGGCGGAGUAUCCAGUAGACAUCUGGUUAGUGCUCUCAUCCUAUAUCCGGCCUGAGGAUGUAUGCAGGUUUGCGCUAAUCUGUAGGAGUGCCUGGACGGUCACCUGCACUGCAGUUUUUUGGACCAGACUAUACAGAAGGCAUUACAAGAUUGAUGUUGAUCUGCCAGUUCGUCUACUGCCUGAGUCUAUUGACAGGAUGCGCUCUCUAAGGGCCCGUGUGAUUCGCUCCCUUUUCCAUUUGUAUGAGCCGUUCAGCUUGCGUAUCUCCAAAAUUCCUGUCCUGCCAGAAUCUACACCCACAACCCUGCUCAACUCCAAGUGUUUAUUGUUCUGGGUCAAAAAGGUGUCGGGCACUCGGCCAGAGGCAAUGUGGGAGUUCAACUUCAAGUUUAUACAGCAGGGAUGGAGUAAAAAUGGUACUGCCAAUUCCUUGCUCAUGCCCAGUCGAUACAAAGAUGUCCACACAAACCCGGACUCUGGCUGCUACGUGCUUCAAGUCACCACACUCAACUUCAUCUUCACCCCUGUGGUUAUGGGCAUGACGCUCACCCUGUUUACAAUCAACGUCAGCACAGACAUGCGCCACCACCGCGUACGUCUGGUCUUCCAGGACUCACCGAUCCAGCGGGGAAAGAAGAGAGGGGAUCAGGGUGGGAUUCAGGUGGUGUUGGAUCCCGUACACAGUGUGAAGCUCAUGGACUGGUGGCAUCCACAGUAUCCGUUCUUACAUUAAACAUAAGAGUCUUGUCCCAACGGAUGUUACUACAUCACGGAUGUUACAACCCAUAACAUCAAACCAAGAAACCUGCCGUUAUUUUAUCUCACUCGUUCAACACAAAUAUGAUAUUGGAUGACUGCAGAAUCCUCGAUUACAUUCACUGACUGUUUCUGCACAUUCACAUUUGUGAACAAUAAUCUGUGAUGCUUAAAAUAGUUAAAGAUGAGCAACUGAAACAUUUGUUGAUUCAAUGUUGGAUAAUGCAGCCAGCCAAUAUUGACUAUAAGAUGGGGCACAAACCCAAUUUUCAGUGUCAAAAUCAGUCAUAAUGCAUGCCCAUCCCCAACCCUGACCUCCUGCUGUGUUAUUAAAACAUCAUAGUUCUACCUGUAUUGGCACUGGAUGUAAAUUAUGUAUGGCAUAAUCGUCACGGAUGGGGACUUAUGUAGCUUAGUUUUGCAUAGAAGUAAUAUGGUUUGAUUCACCAGUUAUUAGACCUGUUAAUUAAAAGGCCGGGCAAAGAAGGAAGUGCAAUUUGACAGAUUACUGUAUAUUGCAACAUUGCCAGAACAGCUCUCAUUAGGAAAGCAUGUUAUGCAUGCCUUUGGCUAUUUAUAUUGCCUGUAUCAUUAAUUCCUUGUAUUCAUUGAACUACAUAGAGGAAAAAUCCACGAGAUGAUCAGUGAUUGAAACGACUUUGCAAAGGUCAUUAAAGCAGGGAAACUCAAAUGUAAAUUAAAAAUAAUGAAAUUAGUCAAGUUUAUUAAUGCACCCUUAUUUACAUUUUCAGGUCGAAAAAUGACUGAAAAAAGAAUUUGUGUAAAUUUGGCCUCACAUAUCUUAGAGAAGUGCAUAUGCCUGGUCUAAAGUAUUUAUAAGGUUCUUACAAAUACACCGCACAUUGUCCUUACAUUAAUAUAUUUGGGAAAUAACACACACAUGGCUUUUGUAUGUCCACAUCAUUUAUACAUGUGGCCCCUGGACUCUCUGCCCUUUUAGCACUUACUGAAAACAUAGAGAGGGCUGGGUAAUACAGAAAACAAAAGUCAUGAUAAGGAAAUCAUUAUCUGAAGCACACAUACAAUAGUGUAGUAAAUGUAUUGUACACUGGACUCCAUUAAUAGUGGUUUUAGUUGACAUUUCCAAACAUUGCAUAAGUCCUUCAGUACGAUAUCUGACUUAAAUAUUGUUUUGGAUUUAUUUUAAGUCAAAUUUUUACGCAGUGAUUUAGUAACAUGCAUAAUAUUUCACAAUAUAUAAAAUACUGUGUUGUUAUUACAGUGAUACAUAUUUAUAUAUUGCCCAGCCCUACACAUGGGAAAGAGAAGUGUGUAGUACAUUUGGAGCCACCAGUUGAAUAAAAAGAUUUAAGAGUUUGUCAUUCCUCCUCUACAGACAAAACUUGUAUGUUGAACCUACACGUGACACAUUACCUAGAAAAGUGUUUGAAACUUGUGGACUAACAGGGUUGAACAUCUGUAGGCUACUGUCAUCCCCUGGUUGUUUUAUGCUCACUUGAAAAAUUUCACAUUUUUAUUUGCUUUGGUUUGAAGUUUGACAAUGUUGCAUCAACAGAGUUGUAUUAUCUUUUUAAAACCAUGUUUUGUUUUUCUUCAAUGCAUUUAAUUGAGGCAGCACUCAAUUAGUAUUAUGUGAAUAUUAAUGAUACUGCUCUACAUUGAAGGGGCCAAAGAGAUGAUUUACUUGAGAUGUCAUCCACUCAUCUGCUGAUUGGGCAGUGUUUCUUUUCUUUCAAGUGAUUCUUGGCUAAAAACAUCUUGAUUGUUUCUUUGUUUAUUAUGUUAGCCAUGUCCCCUACUGCCACCUGUAAAUACUCAGUGGUCUAUGUUUUGUGUAUUGAAUGUGAGUAGAAUCAUAGCAAUCUCAUACUUGAUCAUGAAGCGUUGUGGAGGGAGAGGGGUACCAUCGACAUUGAUUUCCAUGUGUUUAUCAGACAUAGUCAGAAUAAUUUAACCUUGUUUGCUUGCAAAUAUAGAUAUCAUGUGACAUUUCUGUUCAUUUGAUUAACCACACACAGUGUAGACUUGUAGAAACAAAAAGUUAGUUGAUGGCCGUACCCCAUAGCAGAAGACAGUUGAAUGUUUUGAUUAGCAGCAGUGGAUUUUUUUUUUUAAGUGGGUGGUCAUUUUUUGUCUGAUAAGAAAUUACUGCACUGAAAUAAAAACAGAAACUGCCCAUU